UCCAAACACCAUCCCCAACUUCCUUGUUUGUUUUUCUCUCGCUAUUCAUUCUCUUCCGAUCUGCGGCCUUCACAGCCUCCUCGCUCUCCUCCACUCCAUAUUUUCCGAUCUCCCAAUCUAAUCCAACUCUGAGGGUUUCGUUGAAGGACGACUCCGCAGUUCCAUUUUAUCUCAGGUUUGGGGUGUUUGUUUGGCCAUAAAUCUUUAUGCUUUGAGAAGCUUUUUGGUGUUUCAAUCUGUAUGAAUGACCUUGCAAUAAAUUCUGAACCAUGACAUCAAGUACGCUAUCUGGAGAACGGAGAUGGGCUUCUGCAAGACGAAGUGGCAUGACUGUUUUGGGAAAAGUUGCUGUUCCAAAACCUAUAAACUUACCUAGUCAGAGGUUAGAAAAUCAUGGUCUGGAUCCUAAUGUGGAAAUUGUACCCAAGGGUACUCUUAGUUGGGGGAGUAAAUCAUCUUCUUCAUCAAAUGCAUGGGGUUCCUCGACAUUGUCUCCAAAUACUGAUGGUGGUAACAGUUCCCCUAGCCAUCUAAGUGCUCGCCCUUCAUCUGGUGGCAGUGGCACACGACCUUCAACUGCAGGUAGUGACAGAGCACCUGAAUCUACUAAUGCUCGGGGUUCGGAUUCUAGACCAUCAUCAUCUUCUGGGCCAUUGGCUUCAAAUCAAACAUCACUUGCAUCUUUGCGUCCUCGAAGUGCUGAAACAAGGCCUAGAAGCUCUCAGUUAUCUCGGUUUGCUGAACCUGUUCCUGAAUAUUCAGGGACAUGGGGUGAAACUGGGAGAGCUGAAAAAUUGGGGAUGCCAUCUUCCAAGAAUGAUGGGUUUUCUCCCACUUCUGGAGACUUUCCUACUCUUGGGUCUGAAAAGGAUACCUCUGGGAAAAACACAGAGUUGCAAGAGCAUGGUUCCCAAGGUCGUCCUGGCUCAUCCUCUGAAGUAGCACCAAUGAAAGAGAGGACUGGGAAUCCUGUUGUUGUUGACAUUUCUGGAAAUGAAAAUCAAAAGAGUGGAGCUGCAAAAUUUUGGAGAAGAGAGAAUCCUCCAUAUAGUGAAGAUGGAGUCCGACCAAGCAUGGAGAAGUGGCAUGCGGAUCCCCAGGGACCUCAUCCAUUCCCUAAUACUGGUAUCCAUCCCCAGCAUUAUGGUGCUUGGCAUGGUCCACCAAUAAACAAUCAUCCGGGUGGUGUUUGGUAUAGAGGACCCCCUUCAGGUCCUCCAUAUGGGCCACCAGUUCCACCUGGGGGAUUCCCCUUGGAGUCAUUUCCUUAUUAUCGACCUCAGAUUCCAGGUAGUGCUCUUCCUAAUCCACGGCCAGUUCCUCCAGGAGCAGGGCCAAGGGGACCUCAUCCAAAAAAUGGAGAUAUGUAUAGAGGCCCCAUGCCUGAUGCUUUUGUCCGCCCAGGUAUGCCAAUAAGACCUUCAUUUUACCCUGGUCCAGUGCCUUAUGAGGGCUACUAUGGUCCUCCCAUGGGCUAUUGUAAUGUAAAUGAGCGAGAAAUGCCAUUUAUGGGAAUACCAGCUGGUCCUCCUUAUAAUCGGCAUCCAAGUCAAAAUGCUCCAGAUCCUGGUGGUUCUCAUGCCAGGCCCGGUGGUGGCCAUGGUCCUCCUGGAAAAGCACUGGCUCCACAGCAUUUUGAAUCUGGCCAUCCUCAUGAUACACGAGGACCAUACAAGGUUCUUCUGAAGCAGCAUGAUGGCUGGGAAGGAAAAGAUGAACACAGGUCAGAGGAUACUGUUCCCAGUGUAGAUAAGGGUGAUCUAAAGAGAACAUCAUCAUGGGAAAAUGAUUGGGAAGUGGAUCAGAGAAAGAAGGAAGAAGUGAAUAUGAGGACAGUUGUUGAAGAAGCUUCCACUCAUAUUACUGACCACCAUGGAAGGGAUUCUAUCUCGUCCAAAGUGAAGUCAUCUGAAGGUGUUAAAAAAGCUAGGGCAUAUGGCGACAUUUCGGCAAAGAAAAUUGAGCAUAUGGAUGACCCUGGUACCACAAAAGAUUCCAGUCUCUUUCAGAAAAUAGAGAGUUUAAACGCAAAGUCUCGUGCCUCUGAUGGGCAAGUAGCAAAGCAAUUUGCAAAUGAAGUUGUUAUUGGUUCUCGUGCUGUGCCUGCUUCUGGAAUGACUGGACCUACUUCUAAUGAAGUAGGCAUUUCAUCUGGAGAUAAGAGAAUGGACGUGCCAGCUGUUGGAGUAGAAAACAGCAGAAGAUCUUCCCAUGCUAGGCAUGGUAGAACUGAUCAUCGAGGAAGGGAAAGAUUCAAUUCUGAAGAUGUUGAUGGAUGGAGAAAGAAACCUCCGUUUAUAGAUUCUUCAAAUGUAAAGUCCACCACACAUUUUGAAAACCAUUCUGAUGCAAAUGUGAAAGACCAUGCACCAUUAGAGGCUUUAGAAAAGUCUGCAUCAUAUUCCCCAAAAAGGGAUGAGGGCGAGUUGAUGCCUCCUGUGUAUGAUCCAAGUGAUAAUGAAGCACAGCGAGCUAUGAUGAGAGAACUUGCAAAGCAGCGGGCCAAACAACGACAAAAAGAGGAGGAAGAGCGAGCUAGAGACCAGAAGGCCAAGGCUCUGGCUAAAUUAGAAGAGUUGAACAGACGUACACAAACAGCUGAAGGUUUAACUCAGAAGUUGGAACCCGUUCCAGAUAUGGCUGUCCAGAGUAAGCAAGAAGAAUCCAGAACACUAACUGAUGAUAUCCUCCCAAGCAGAUCUGAAAUAACAUGCUUGGUUUCUAGCUCAACUAUAGUUGCAGAUGUUGGUCAAAGCAGCACUGGGGAACUUGAAAAUACUGUUAUGUCCAAUCAACAACCCUUGGUGUCAACAAGGAAUGCUCAUAAGGCUACUGCCGAAAUGCAUAACCGUUCUUUGCCCUUGCCACAUGCUGAUGCUGCUCUCCACGAUAACCCACAGGUUAGCGAUGGUAGCACUUUGAAGCAGAAGCACGUGGACUAUAGGAAAAAGGAUCCCAACUUAUUGGAUAAGGGUUCCAGUGAGAAGUAUAUUACAACUGAAUUGCUAAAUAUUCAUACUGAUGCAGUAGUUGAUGGGGCUCCGUCUGCUGAGGCUGUCACAAAUGAAAUUGACUCAAUCUCUGUGUCAGUUUCUACCCAAAAUGUUGUGAACACUUCCACAAUGCACCAGAAAAGGAAAAAUAAUAGGAGUGGUAAGAACAAACAUAAAGUGGAGGAGACAUUGUCUUUGGCUUCUCUGUCAUCUGGGAUUUCAAAAGAAAUAAGUCAUACACGUUCCUCUGUUGAGGGUCUGAAGCCCAAGUCUUCUGAAUGUAACUUGGAUCUUAACUCAUUUCAGUCUCUGACUGAAUCGAAGGAUGGAAACCAGUCUUCAGCGCAGGAAUUAGCUUUUCCUCAUGAAGAAGCCUCUGGCCAAGUGAAUAACCAGUGGAAAUCUCAGCAGUAUCGCAGGAUGCCACGCAAUCCACAAGCUUAUAAAUCUGCAAUAUAUGGUGGUGAUGCUGUUGUAUGGGCACCUGUGCGGUUACAAAACAAAACUGAGGUUAUUGAAGAGGUCAGCCAUAAGUCGGCAGCUGAGAAUGAUGUUACUCCUCAGACAAAGAAUUAUGAUCAAGUGCAAAACAAUGCCAGAAAUAAGAGGGCUGAGAUAGAGAGAUACAUCCCGAAGCCUGUUGCAAAAGAAAUGGCUCAGCAAGUAAUUUCUCAGCAAACAGUAGCUCAUUUAGACAAUCAGAUUGCUGCAGAUGACAUUGCAGGUAGAGCAGGUCCUGGGUCCCAUGGAAUUGAAUGUUCUAAACAGUCAGGCACAUCCACAGGGACUGUGGGGAACACUAAUGAGUCUAGGAAUGAUGGUAGGCAGGGAAGAGGACAUGGAUCUUGGAGCCAACGUGCCUUGGCUGAGCCAUCUUUGCAAGAUGGGCUUUAUACCAAUCCUAGUAAAAAUGCUGAGAAAUCAGCUGAGCAGAAGCAAGAGCAGAAGGCUGCUUCCAGCCUAGUGAAAGAGCAACCCAAGUAUGAUGAAUGGGAUACGUCCGAUGGUUGGAACAUGCCUGAAUAUCCUGAUUCUACUGUAUCAUCAGUACCUGUUUUAAGAAAUCAGGGGACAACAGGAAGAGGAAAACGUCAUCCAUUCAAGGGACAAAAAGGUGGGGGAAACAACUACAGUUCUGAUCGCAAGAAAAUUAACAAUGGUGAAGCUGAUAAAUUUAGCCCACCAUCAUCGGUCCCUGAGAUGGUUCGAUUAGACUCGCCUGCUGAAUCAAAAGAGAACCGUGGUGUUGGGGAUCGAUCAACAUCUCAUUGGCAACCCAAAUCUGCGCCCAUCAAUCAACGAGGAAGCAGGCCUGAUAGUGAUCAAAAUAUUGGUUCUGAAAUUAGUAGGACAAACAGAACGGAUUCUGCCCUUCAGGCUAAGAAGUCACAUCAACCUCAACCAGACAGAGAAACCUGUAAAGGUGUGACCGUGUCUCUUAAAGAUCAUGUCUCUGAAAAAGGAAGCGUUGAAGCACAAAAUGUCGGACAUCACGAGUCAAAGAGGGAAAGGAAUGUAGCUUCACUUAAAGGAAACCCACACUCCUCAAACCAAGGUCCUGGUCUUCCAGUUGAGGCACCUCCAUCGAAUAUGGAUACAAGAAAUGAGCAGCGCACAACCACAGGGUUCCGCAGAAAUGGAAACCAAAAUAACCGAUAUGGUAGAGGGCAUGAUUCCCGUGGUGAUUGGGGCUCAUCUGGUCAAGAAAUGAAACAGCAAACCCCUGCAAACCGUGAAAGGCAGAGGCACAAUUCACAUUACGAGUACCAGCCAGCCGGACCCCAAAAUAACAACAACAAUAAUAAUAGAGCAAAUAAUCCUGAAGGACCAAGAGAUGGAUCUCAUGGAACAGGUGGAAGGUACAGGGAGAGGGGUCAGAGUCGCCCAAGGCGUGGUGGGGGAAACUUCCAUGGACGUCCAAGUGGAACCGGUGGUUAUGAGUAGUGAGGAAGGACUUCAGGGUUGGUAUUUUAUUUUAUUUUGGUAAAAAACUGCUAUCUGCCAUGGACGACCCCUCGUAUUUUCAGGUAUCAUUCAUGAGUAGACAUUUUUUGUGUGCUGUAAAACUAUUAAUUCUUCUCUUAACUGAUGGUAUAUGGAUUGAGCAGGGCUGGGAGAAAGACAGAUGAUGGUGUCGCUAUGGGUGAAAAAACAUGAUUGAAGGUACUCAAAUGCGGUUUACUUCAUUUGUAGUUUUCAACUGUAAUUUGGAAUGGCCACAGUUCGUAUCCUGUGGAACCUUUGCCACAUUUGUUUGAGCCCUGUAUUUCAGUGAAGCAAGAAGUUUCUAGUC